AUGGAAACACCAUCUUAUAUUGCUUCGUCAUCGAAUUUAACUUCUGAUGCUCCUGUUGCGAUCGCUGCCACAAUGUCAGGGACUGUGUUAACAGCAACUGGUGCUCUAGUUCCUGCUAAUUUCUUGCUUGCGUCGUCAAUACCUGGACUAAUUCUUACAUCAGCUGCUCCUGGCGCUUUAAUAGCUGCGCCAGCUCAUUUAACUGAGCCACAUUCUCAUCUUCAUCCUACCAUUAUUGCUCAUAAUUCAGGUGAGGGAAAUACAUCUCUGCUAACAACAUCUAUUUCAAGUGGUCUUUGUUCCGUCACUCAACCUUCUGCAUCUCUUGCAAAUUCAUCAACUGCUUUAAGUGUUCAAUCAGAAGCACUUUUAAAAGCUGGUUCUUCUCCUACAAUGUCUUUUAUGUUUCCUACUGUUCUCUCUUCGACUCCUCAUCAUGGUGAAGCACUCAGACAAACUUCAGUUGCUUUUCUCACACCAACAGGUGAAUUGGAUCGAUCAUGUACUGCUACUUUAGCUACCGCUGGACCUGAUGGUGGAUUUAUAUUGAAUUCUGUUGGUGGAGAUACUGUCUAUUUAGAACCGUUGGAUCCUCGGCUCACUCUAGAACCCGGACAACAGUUUACUCUAACUUCUAUUCCCACUUCUCAUCCACAGGGAACAAUUAUUAAUCCACAUCAUUCAGCAGCACAUUUAGUGGAUCAUCAGGUUCAUUUACAGUCGGGACAGGCAACACAUAUUGCUUUUGCAACUAAUAUACCAACUCAUGGCCAUCAGGCUUCACAACUGUUAACUUCUGGUUCAACUAUAUUUCCUAAUACAGCACCCAAUCAGGCAGCAAUUCAUAGUGGUCAUUCUUCUGCAACA